AUGCUCGACGCGUUCCCAUGCACUUCAACACUUCCCAGCAGCAGCACCGGCGGCAGCCGACCAUUCUCAGCAUAUUCGAAUCUUUGUGAUUUAGAGGAGAAUCCAGAAAUUGUUGAAUCACAGCUAAUCGAUUGGCAUUUUGAUGUGGACGAAUGCAAUUUGGAAUUUGAAGUGGAAAUUCAUCGUGAGUCUUCUCAACCGGGUGGCAUAGCGUUUCGUAUAAUCGGAUCACGAACAAGCGGGAUUUUUAUCACGUAUGUGGACUCAAAAUCACAACAAGCAUCCCAGUUGAAAGAAGGCGACCUUAUCAAGGAAUGUGAUGGGAAGAAUCUUGCAGGAAUCACUUGUGAGCAGGAAGAGGAUGAAAAAUAUGGGAACAGAAGGGCAGAACUGGAUUCUAUGAAGCCACCAUAUCCGUUCCGAUUGAGACAAUCCACCUCAUGUCCGGAUAAUCGACCGAAUAGUAAUUUUUAUGCAAGGCCCGUACGAGUAACUAUGAUAAAUUCACAGCUUCUACGAAAAGUCGAAUCGAGAGACGAAGAAAUCCAAUUACUGAUGGAGAACCAGGAGCAGACUUUACAGGAUAUCCCUACGAAUUACUUCGGCUCAUCUGAAUAUCUACAUAUUUUAGAAUGCCUAUUCUCUUCGAACGAAGAAAUUCGGGACGUUGCACGUUAUGUUUCCGUAAAAUUCGCUCGAGACGGUUUCAUAUGUUGUCACAUCGAUGGUUGGCAAAACUACAAUCACUCACUGGAUCUACGUCUACACACUAUUCAACACAAUAUAACCUGA